GGAGCAGCCGGGAGCGGGGGGUGCCGGGAGGAAGGAGGCAGGAGCCGGGGGAACAGAGCCCGCAGCUGGCAUCCAGGUGACGCGAUGCCACGCGAGACUAAGGAGCAGAAGCCUCAGCAGGAAGAGGCUGAGCGAGUGGAUAAACUCGGAGCAUUAGCGCAAAGAUCGGAAGGGAACGUGUCCACGAUUCACAAGCAGGGAAACUCCUGGGAGAUUCAGCACAGUCCAGAGAGAGAGCAGGGAAACCAGCCAGGGGGGAAAGUGGGUAAAUUAAUUUACUGUUGGGGAACUCAGAAGGACCUCAAGGAAACCACAACCCGGCAGGAAAUCCCCAGGGGAAAGAGAAAAAAUACAUGCUCUGAGUGUGGGAAAACCUUUAGUUGCUGCUCAGCCCUUAUUAAACAUCAGAGAAUCCACACGGGUGAGAAGCCUUAUGAGUGCCGCGAAUGCGGGAAAACCUUCACGCAGAACUCAAACCUCACUAGACAUCAGAGGAUCCACACCGGGGAGAAACCCUACAAAUGCGGCGAGUGCGGGAAAAGAUUCACUCACAACUCAAACCUUCUUGUACACCAGAGACUCCACACGGGGGAGAAACCCUACGAAUGCUGCGAGUGCGGGAAAAGAUUCACACACGGCUCAGAACUUACCACGCACCAGAGAAUCCACACCGGGGAGAAGCCCUACCAGUGUGGCGAGUGCGGGAAAAGCUUCGCGGCCAGCUCAGCACUCAUUACACAUCACAGAAUCCACACGGGAGAGAGACCCUAUGAAUGCUGCGAGUGUGGGAAAAGCUUUGCUGUCUGCUCAGCGCUCAUUACACAUCAUAGAGUCCACACGGGAGAGAGACCCUAUGAAUGCUGCGAGUGUGGGACAAACUUCAGUGACAGCUCGGCCUUCCUUCAACACCGGCGAAUCCACACGGGAGAGAGGCCCUACGAAUGCUGCGAAUGUGGGAAAAGCUUCACCCGCAGCUCAGACCUGACUACGCAUCAGAGAAUCCACACGGGAGAGAGGCCCUAUGAGUGCGGCGAGUGUGGGAAAAGCUUCGCUCAGAACUCAAACCUCGUUGCGCACCAGAGGAUCCAUGCAGACGAGAAACCCUACGAAUGCGGGGAGUGCGGGAAAAGCUUCACGCGGAGCUCAAACCUCACUGCGCAUCGGAGAAUCCACACAAGGGAAAAGCCCUAUGAAUGCUGUGAGUGCCGGAAAAGCUUCACCGACAACUCAGCCCUUAUCACGCAUCAGAGGAUCCACACGGGGGAGAAACCCUAUGGAUGCCGUGAGUGCGGGAAAACUUUCACUCAGAGCUCAAACCUCAUUGCACAUCAGAGGAUCCACACGGGGGAGAGGCCCUAUGCAUGCUGCGAGUGCGGGAAAAGAUUCACUCAGAGCUCACAACUUUCUACGCAUCAGAGAAUCCACGCGGCAGAGACGCCCUCCAAAUGCUAAAACAACAGGAGUCCUUGUGGCACCU